AACUAUGACUGCGAUUUGGAGAAACAAGCUGCUUCGCUACUUUCGUGUCAUACAAAAACCCGAAAAGGAUUCUCUGACGUAAACAUAAACUAUGGUUAUGUUACAGCUAGACGAACCUAUGGUGUAGCGGAUGCGCUAUUUGUAGCUGCGAUUGGAUGGUGGGGUACACAUAAGUAUAAUCACCAACUUAAAGGAGUAACGCCUCAAAAGGGUGACUACCCAAUUCUGCCGUUCCUCAUGAUGGCCAACGCACAAACGGAAACAGUCGGCUGUGCAGUAAAGCGCUGCCCUGGCGGACGGUAUGGCGUGUUUUCUGUGGUGUGUGUCUACGGAAAACCAUCCGUGGCCACAGGCAACCCUCUACAAACAAGGCACACCAUGUUCUCAGUGUCCUUACGGCUAUACGUGCUACAAUGA